AUGGCAUUAAUGUUGGGGCGUCCAAUUGUCGUGCAAUCGGUCGAUGGAAUUUUUGGGGUUUACCCAGAGGGCUACUCAGGGAAUGAGGGGCUUGCAAGCGAGGGGCCUUUAGCUAUCAAUCACUGUGCUGCCGCGAACAUUACGGAAAGCGUUUCGUUUGGCAGCAGAAACCACUAUAUUCCGGGGGGUUUUCCCGAUCACGUGGAUGAGUUGGUCCUUUCGAAUGCUGCUCGUGAUUGGCGCGGGUUUGAUAUGGCUGACGGCGCCGAUGGUACACUGGCAAGUCAUCCCCGACUAGCACUACCGUACUACCACUGUUGUUCCGCCGACCCUGACGCGUGUGUAUUCAACGACGAGAGCUUGGAGGGCGAGGCUGGCGAGGCUACCGUCGAGCGGCUGAUGCAGGUACUGGAUAAUCCCGUCAGCGCUGGCGAUAUCCAUCGUUGCCAAGAACGAGUGGCGAAAAGUUCGGGCGAAUCGGGGGAUCUCUGGGCUUGCGCUUCAUGCUGUGAAAUUCUUAAUACCGUGGAGGACAGUGUUGCGUUCAUCCCGCGCGAGGGGCUUCAUCCACAUUUCCUGCUAACGGGGGAUGAAAUGGAAGCCGUAUCCGGUUUAGGGGCGGGUGUAAUUGAUAACCACAUUCAGGUGUUUCGCUCUGGCGCUUUGAUGUAUCAUUUGAACCCUGAUCUAGUUCGUGAUCCGGGUUCAAUUCCUCUGUGUGUGAAAUGUGCGGAAGACCCUCGGAAGUCAAAGUAUAGCAUUGCUUCUGGGCAUGACUAUGGGCCGGUUGGGUGCUUUCCGGAGCUCAAUGAUGUUGCUAGCAAGUGUAUAGCGCCCGUGCGGUCAUUUGGGCUGGCAAUUACGGCGUCGGACAAUGAUAUCCGUAUCGACGAGUCUGCCGAGGCAAGACAGGCCCUCGUUGAACUUGAAGAACGGAUCGAGGCGUCGGUGGAAAUUAUGACUUCUGAACAAGCCGGGCGUGUCGAUGACGGCAUGAUGGCUGAGCACUAUGGCGACGAUGGCGAAAACUCGCUUAAGAGCGUGGACGCAUUCGACCUAUCAGUAACAAAUGCGGCGGUUGAUGCUACGCUAUCAAUGUUGGGACGGGAGGACGGGGGAAACGGUGACACAGAGAGUGGUGUCGAGGAUGGGACCGCGCCAGUUGUUGUGCGCAGGGGGGCCGAUCCUGUUACUGAAUGGACUGAAAACGGGGAGAUGAUAGCUGCCGCGUUUCCACAAUUGUUUAUGCGCGGGGGAAAGUUCCUGCCCUGUGGUACCUGGCCAGCAUCUUUGACGAGGCACUUGAUGCGUUACUAUGAUGGGCGUUUUGAAAAAGAUACACGCUUGGUUGCUACGCUUUUCAAUCAGCUCCAGCGCCACACAUCCGUGCGUAGGGCCGCUCGCAUUGGUUCUUCGCGCGCGUCGGUUUUAACGCGGCUUGGUAGUUUAUCAAACUCUGAAGAAUUCAAGGCGCUGCUCAUACGCUCGCAGCAGAACCCGGAAUCACGCGAAGCGAAGCGGGUCACCAAUGAGAGGAAUCAGCUUACGAGCGUGUUCGGUCGUAAGGAGUGCUGCCGAAACGAUUUACCGGAGAAUGUGAGAUCGAGUGCGCGCCGCAGGCUGAUAAUAUCUAACGCUUUCCCUGGCCUGGUUGCUCGCGCAUUUGAGCGCCGCGUGCGGCAGAUAUACAACGACAUAAUUCUAUGUAAACGCUCGGUUGAUACCAGGAUAUCCAGGGACUAUUUGCAGAGGUGCCCCGGGGCAUAUGGAACAGUUGCUGCGCACGCUGCUGUCGUCGAGCCGCACGCUGAUGGCCGCCUGCACAUUGACAUGUGUGUUUACGGGUCCAAGUUGUCACCAGGGUUGCUGUCCCGAAUUGCCUGUUCCGAGCGGCUUUGUCGCCGGGCGGCGGAUUGGCUUGAAUCGGUGUGCUGCACGGGGUUUGACCAAUCUGUACACGAGUGGCGUCAACGUUGCAAAGCCGACGGCGGUGUCCCAAAGGCAUUUGAAAUCGCUGUACCGGACGCUCUGGAUGACCCCGCUGGUAUUUUGCUGGCCGCGCAAAAGGUCGCUUCGGUCACGAAUUUCCACUCUCACACAUCAACUUGCUUAAAAGGAAUACGCGGCAAGUACGAGUGUCGUUUAUCCCGGCCGGCCGGCGUUCACGAUCGUGGUACGUGCCCCUUGAUCGUGACCCGCGAGAGAGUAGGAGACAUGGCGGCUGGAGUAUACCCUAUCGUUACAGGGCAUAACCUCCCUCCGCACAUUUGUGAGGGAAUUGAUGCGGGAUACUCUACUGAAAAGGGGCAGUGCUUCCGGUCGCAUGAUGAGGGCCCGGUGGUAUGGGAAUUGAAGAGGGCGCAAAUGGAUGCCUCGGUUGUCGAAACCAAUCUUGUUCUUGCGACGCUAACUGUCUCGCAUACAAAUUCGUCUGUAAUAAAUGGCGAGUCGUCGGGGGACAUGGUUGAGGAAUACCAAGAGGCCUACAUGGCUAAGAAUCAGAUCGCGUUAAAAGGCGCUGCAACGGCCCUGCUAGGCGCUAUUGAAUACGAAAACAAAUUUCCGAGCCGGGCCGAAGACUCGAAAUCCAACUUGCGAAUUGGUAAAUACUUAGCGGCCCGGACAGUGAACAGCUUUUUCGGCGCCCAUGAGUGGUCCCAUGCGUUAAUGGUGUACGCGAUAACGGGCUACCGCUCGUUCAUUUCGAGCGAUGCGUUUGGUAUAUCUUUCCGUUCGCUUUACUGGCGUUUGUAA